AUACUUGGAUGGGACUUAAUCUUAAACCUUUGGAGUUCAAGACCUUUUAAAAAGGGCUAAAUAAACAAUCUCUCCAUGUGAAAGGCCACUGACUCCUACUUCCUCUGUUGAGAGCAACUUUUGAAGUCAGCUGCCUGGUAGGAAAACUGAAGAUUUUAAUAACAACCCCUCCAAGGUCAAAAUGAAUACAGAUAGCGGUGGGUGUGCUCGCAAACGCGCUGCCAUGUCUGUCACGUUAACAUCUGUGAAGAGAGUUCAGAGUUCUCCAAACCUAUUGGCUGCAGGGCGAGAUUCUCAUUCACCAGACUCAGCUUGGAGAUCUUACAAUGAUCGAAAUCAAGAGACACUGAACGGAGAUGCUACGUAUUCCUCUCUUGCAGCAAAAGGUUUUAGAAGUGUCCGACCGCACCUCCAAGACAAAAAAUCACCUCUUCAGAGCCAGAUAACAGUGAAUGGAAACUCUGGUGGUGCCGUGAGUCCAAUGAGUUACUAUCAAAGGCCGUUUUCCCCCUCAGCUUACUCUCUGCCGGGCUCGUUCAGUUCAAGCAUUACCAUGCAGCAUGGCCGGUCACUUGAUUCCACAGAGACCUAUCCCCAGCAUGCACAGUCUCUGGACGGCACCUCGGGCAGCUCCAUCCCUCUCUACAGAUCUUCAGAGGAGGAGAAGAGAGUGACUGUCAUCAAGGCCCCUCACUACCCCGGGAUCGGGCCUGUGGAUGAAUCAGGAAUCCCCACUGCAAUUAGGACGACGGUUGACAGACCAAAGGACUGGUACAAGACAAUGUUUAAGCAAAUUCACAUGGUGCACAAGCCUGAUGAUGACACAGACAUGUAUAAUACUCCUUAUACAUAUAACGCAGGCUUGUACAACCCAUCCUACAGUGCGCAGUCACACCCCGCAGCAAAGACGCAGACCUACAGACCUCUCUCUAAAAGCCACUCCGACAACGGCACCGAUGCCUUUAAGGACGCGUCCUCCCCUGUGCCUCCUCCACACGUGCCCCCGCCAGUCCCACCACUUCGGCCAAGAGAUCGAUCUUCAUCAGAAAAGCAUGACUGGGAUCCCCCAGACAGAAAAGUGGACACCAGAAAAUUUCGCUCAGAGCCAAGGAGCAUUUUUGAGUAUGAGCCGGGGAAGUCAUCAAUUCUUCAGCAUGAAAGACCAGCCUCCUUGUAUCAGUCCUCUAUAGACAGAAGCCUGGAGAGACCAACAAGUUCUGCAAGUAUGGCCAGCGACUUUAGGAAAAGGAGGAAGAGCGAGCCUGCAGUGGGUCAACCAAGCGGCUUGGGGGAGCCCAGUGCAAGCAGGACCAGCCCAAGUCGAUCCGACCUCCCAGGCUCCAGUGUUACCCUUUCAAAGUCUUUCAUUAGUUCUUCUCCUUCUUCCCCUUCAAGAGCAAAAGGUGGGGAUGAUAGCAAAAUGUGUCCAUCCCUUUGCAGUUAUUCGGGGCUCAACGGCACCCCGUCAAGUGAGUUAGAUUACUGUAACACCUAUAGGCAGCAUUUGGAUGUCCCCCGGGACUCGCCGAGGUCCAUUUCUUUCAAGAACGGCUGGCAAAUGGCCCGGCAAAAUGCAGAGGUCUGGAGCAGCACUGAAGAAACAGUGUCCCCCAAACUCAAAUCCCUUAGCUGUGACGAUCUCCUCAACGAUGACAGUGACAGCUUCCCGGACCCCAAAACCAAGUCAGAGAGCAUGGGCUCUCUGCUGUGUGAGGACGACCCCAAGGAGAGCUGCCCGCUGCCCUGGGGGUCCCCCUACCUCCCCGAGAGUCGAGGGACUGGCCGGUCACGGGGCCGGCACAGGUCAGCCCACGAUGCACCCGGGUUCCUGAAAAUGUACAAGAAGAUGCAUCGCAUCAACCGCAAAGACCUGCUCAACUCCGAGGUGAUGUGCUCGGUCAAGUCGAGGAUCUUGCAGUAUGAGGAGCAGCCGCCCCAGGGCCUGCUGCAAGCCUGGAGCCAGUCGUCCACCGAGGAGGUGCCCAGGGACAUGGUGCCCACCCGCAUCUCCCAGUUCGAGAAGCUGAUUCAGAAGUCAAAGUCGAUGCCCAACUUAGGAGACGAAAUGCUCUCCCCCGUGACCCUGGAACCACCCCAGAACGGCCUGUGUCCCAAAAGGCGGUUUUCCAUCGAGUCUCUGCUGGAGGAAGAAAAUCAGAGCCGGCAUCCUUCUCAGGUACAACGAAGCUACAAGCCUAAAACGCUGGUGCCCAUUCACAUCGAGGUCACCAGCGAGGAACACCCCAGAACUCACAUGGAGUUUUCCGACAGUGACCAGGACGGAGUCGUGUCUGACCACAGUGACUUCAUCCAUGUGGAGGGGUCGUCCUUCUGCAGUGAAAGUGAUUUCGAUCACUUUUCGUUCACGUCCUCGGAAAGCUUCUAUGGAUCCGGGCACCACCACCACCACCAUCACCACCACCACCGGCACCUCAUCAGUUCCUGCAAAGGCAGGUGCCCUGCCUCCUACACACGAUUCACCACCAUGCUAAAGCACGAGCGAGCGAAGCAGGAAGGUGCCGAGGAGCCCCGGAGACACAACAUGGACCCUGGCCUUUCUAAACUUGCUUUUCUAGUCAGCCCCGUGCCUUUCCGGAGGAAAAAAAACCCACCUCCUAAAACACAGACUGAAAAGGUAAAAUGUAAAGCAUCAGUCAUUGAGGCUCUGGACUCUGCCCUGAAAGACAUUUGUGACCAAAUCAAAGCCGAGAAGAGAAGGGGCAGCUUGCCAGACAACAGUAUAUUGCAUCGUCUCAUCAGCGAACUGCUGCCUGACGUCCCUGAAAGGAAUUCAUCGCUGAAAGCUCUGAAAAGGAGCCCGAUGCACCAGCCUUUACACCCACUGCCUCAAGAUGGUGCUAUCCACUGUCCCUUGUACCAGAACGAUUGUGGGAGAAUCCCUCACAGUGCCUCUUUUCAAGACAUGGACACCGCCAACAACAACUACCACCACCUGGACCACGAUAGUGCCCUGAGUCUCCAAGACCGAGAGUCCCCGAGAGGUUACUCAACAUUGACUGACUUGGGCAGAAGUGCAUCAAGGGAAAGAAGAGGAACUCCAGAAAAAGAGAAGCUGCCUGCAAAAGCUGUUUAUGAUUUCAAGGCUCAGACAUCUAAAGAGCUGUCAUUUAAGAAAGGUGACACUGUCUACAUCCUCAGGAAAAUAGAUCAGAAUUGGUACGAGGGAGAGCACUACGGCAGAGUUGGCAUUUUUCCUAUCUCGUAUGUGGAGAAACUCACUCCACCAGAGAAAGCACAGCCUGCUAGACCCCCGCCCCCGGCGCAGCCUGGUGAGAUCGGAGAAGCUAUAGCCAAAUACAACUUCAACGCAGACACAAACGUGGAGCUGUCUCUGAGAAAGGGAGAUAGAAUUAUUCUUCUUAAAAGAGUUGAUCAGAACUGGUAUGAAGGUAAAGUGCCAGGUACCAACAGACAAGGCAUCUUCCCUGUCUCCUAUGUAGAAGUUGUCAAGAAGAAUAUAACCAAAGGUGCUGAGGACUAUCCUGACCCUCCAAUACCCCACAGCUACUCUAGUGACAGAAUCCACAGCUUAAGUUCAAACAAGCCACAGCGUCCCGCGUUUACUCAUGAAAACAUUCAAGGUGGGGGGGAACCGUUUCAGGCUCUGUAUAACUAUACUCCUAGGAACGAAGACGAGCUGGAGCUCAGAGAGAGUGAUGUCGUUGAUGUGAUGGAAAAGUGUGAUGAUGGCUGGUUUGUGGGAACCUCAAGAAGAACCAAAUUCUUUGGUACCUUUCCCGGAAACUAUGUCAAGAGGCUGUGA